CAAUUCAUGCUUUCAAAUGACUUCUUUUGGUGCCACAAAGAUCAUUAGAGAUUCAUUUAUGCCGACGUUCAAGGUGAUUACUUUGCAUGGAAUUUCCAGUGAAACAUUUGACAUAUUUAUUCUACAGAUUCAGGGACAAAUAUACCAUCGAGUAGGCUCGCUCAUACCAUUUGCCGACGCCGACUAUCAAUUUUUGCAAAUAUAUUUCAUCGGUAAUGAAAAUGACCAACUAAAUCAACGAUGUAACAUUGCAAUCGGCACAAGGCGAGAAAUCGUACCAAAUUUGCAAAGAUUUCUCAAUGAACACAAUGAAUUGAUUCGAUUGUUCAAAAUCGCAUUGGACCGCAUGCCGUCUGAUAACCAUCGAAUCGUCAUCAGAGCAGACAAAAUGCCGAUGGGGCAGCAUGCCAGACGAUUCAACGCACCAACAAUCGAUGAGGUGGCAAUUGUCAUUGUUGGCGAACAGUUUGAUUCGCGAGAUAUUGUACUGCACCGUAGAAACGAACAACUUCAGCGUGUUUUCGAGCUACACCGUAGUUAUGAUGCAUUACAGUAUCCGAUAUUAUUCUGGAGAGGUGAUGACGGCUAUCACAUCAAUAUGCGAUUGAUAAAUCCAACUACUGGCCAAGAAACAUCGAAAAAACUCAGUGCGAUGAACUUCUAUCCAUGCCGAAUAAUGAUUCGUCCGCAAGAAGACAACUACAUCCUGAAAUGUCGCAAGCUUUUCAAUCAGUAUUUGGUUGACAUGUAUGCGAAGAUCGAGACAGAACGUCUCAACUUUAUUCGAUUCAACCAAGCGAAAUUGCGUUCUGAAGAGUACAUCCAUUUGAGAGAUGCCGUAAUGAAUGAUGCAAAUGUGAAUAGCAUUGGACGUCUAACAAUAUUGCCAGCCACAUACAUCGGCAGUCCGCGCCAUAUGCACGAGUAUGCGCAAGAUGCGAUGUCGUAUGUGCGCCAUUACGGCAGACCGGAUCUGUUCAUAACGUUCACGUGCAAUCCGAAGUGGAAUGACAUCAAAUGCCAUUUGUUCCCCGGUCAAUCAACAACUGAUCGUCACGACUUAACAGCACGUGUAUUCAGGGAAAAGCAAAAAGCAAUGAUGGAUUUAAUUGUGAAACUUCGUGUUUUUGGAGAAGUUAGAUGCUGUAUUCUACUCGAUCGAAUGGCAGAAAAGAGGAUUACCGCAUGCACACAUCUUGAUUUGGUUAGUUCGAAAAAUACGACCAGAUCAGAUUGAUAAAGUCAUCUCAGCGGAAAUUCCAGAUGAAGAAAUCGACCCACAACUGUUCGACGUUGUAACAAAAAACAUGAUCCACGGCCCUUGCGGCGCUAUUAAUCCAACGGCACCAUGCAUGAUUGACAAUAAGUGUUCAAAGCGCUAUCCUAGAGCUUUAGUUGAUGAUACAAUCACUGGAAAUGACGGAUAUCCAUUAUAUCGGCGUCGAUCCGUCAAGAUGGCGGUAAUUCAACGGUCAUAAAAGUUCGGAAUCAAAACUUUGAUGUUGAUAAUCGUUGGGUCGUGCCGUAUUCACCAUUGUUGUCAAAAAUUUUCGAAGCGCAUAUCAAUGUAGAAUAUUGCAACUCUGUCAAAUCGAUCAAAUACAUCUGCAAAUACGUAAAUAAGGGAAGUGAUAUGGCAGUUUUUGGAGUGGCUGAUUAUCAGAGCAUCGAUGAAAUUCAGCAAUACCAAAUGGGCCGUUAUAUAAGCAGCAACGAAGCGGUAUGGCGCAUUUUAUCGUUCCCAAUACACGACUGGCAACCCGUUGUUCUUCAUUUGGUAGUUCAUCUCGAAAAUGGUCAACGCGUUUAUUUCACUGCAGACAAUGUACAACAGAGCGCAGCACGACCACCGGGGACAACACUAACUACCUUUUUCGAGUUGUGUGAAAACGAUGAAUUGGCAAGAACAUUGCUAUAUUCCGAAAUACCACAAUAUUUCACUUGGAAUCCAUCAUCGAAAACAUUUCAACGACGAAAGCAAGGGGAGCGUAUUGACGGUUAUCCAAAUGUCCGUAAAACCGAUGCCAUAGAACGCAUUUACACCAUCCAUCCGAACAACGCAGAAUGUUUCUAUUUGCGUCUGCUAUUAGUCAACGUGCGCGGACCAAGAUCAUUUGAUGAUUUGAAAACUGUUGACGGUCAGUUGUGUGCGACGUAUCGUGAAGCAUGUCAGCGAUUGCAUUUGUUAGAAGAUGAUAUGCAUUGGGACACCGCACUUCAUGACGCAUCACUCACAUCUCAUCCAAAACAAAUACGCGUACUAUUCGCCAUAAUAAUAUCUACAUGCCUUCCGUCAAAUCCGCAAGAACUGUGGAAUAAGUACAAAGACUGCAUGACCGAGGACUUAUUAAUUUUGGCGCGUAAUCGAGCAUCGGACGCAGACUUGCAAUAUACAUUACAAAUGUAUAAUGAUGCUUUGAUAUUGGUUGAAGAUCUGUGCCUUACAAUUGCGAAUAAGGCAUUAGCGCAACUUGGCAUAACUGCGCCCAAUCGUUCAGCGAUUGAUGUGCGUGACCAUGAGCUUCAACGUGAACAACAAUACGAUUGCAAUGAAUUGCGUGCUUUCAUACAAGCUAACAUUACCAAAUUGAAUAUUCAGCAGAAAAAUGCUUAUGAUAAGAUUAUACGAGCGGUUGACAAUAACGCCGGUGGAUUCCACUUUCUUGAUGCGCCCGGUGGUACAGGGAAAAUGUUUCUGAUCUCUUUGAUUCUUGCUACUAUACGGUCACAGCAGAAAAUUGUGCUGGCAAUUGAUUCGUCAGGCAUCGCUGCUACUCUACUUGAUGGCGGCCGAACAGCACAUUCUGUGUUGAAAUUAUCGUUGAACAUCCAAGUCGUUGAAAAACCAACGUGCAACAUAUCGAGGAAUUCAACAAUGGCAAAAGUUUUGCGAGGAGCUGGAAUAGUUCUAUGGGAUGAGUGCCCAAUGGCUAUACAAAAAGUUAUUAGAAGCAUUCAAUAGAACAAUGCAAGAUUUACGCCAAAAGCAACAACUUUUUGGCGGAGCAUUAGUCUUAUUAUCCGGCGAUUUUCGGCAAACUUUGUCAGUCAUUCCUCGAUCAACUCCUCCCGACGAAAUAAACGUAUGUUUAAAAUCGUCAGUUUUGUGGAGACAUGUUCAAAGGCUGACUCUUACCAUCAACAUGCGAGUCCAACUGCAAAAUGAUCGAUCCGCAGCGGCGUUUUCGAAGCAGUUGUUGGACAUUGGCGAAGGCAAAAUACCAAUCGAUGAUACCGGUUUGAUCACAUUGCCGAACAACUUUUGUACACUUUUACAAUCGAAAGAAGAAUUGAUUGAAAGUGUAUUUCCGAAUAUUGUUCAACACUAUCAACGCCACGAUUAUUUAAGUGAACGCGCAAUAUUGGAACCGAAAAAUGUACACGUCAACGAAAUCAAUUUUUCCAGUCAAGAAAAACUGCCAGGAGAAGCUACAACAUAUAUGUACAUCGAUUGAUAGCGUUUUAAAUCAAGAUGAAGUAGUCAAUUAUCCAACUGAAUUCUUGAAUUCUUUGGAUCCCCCCGGUCUGCCACCGCAUCGUUUGGUCCUGAAAGUCGGUUCACCCAUUAUACUUCUACGAAAUCUGAAGCCACCGACUUUGUGUAAUGGCACAAGACUUUCAGUCAAAAAAUUGUGGCCAAAUUUGAUUGAAGCAACAAUACUAAAUGGCAAGGCAGCAGGUGAAGUUGUACUCUUACAACACAUUCCCAUGAUUAAAACGGAAAUGCCGUUUGAAUUUAAGCGCUUGCAGUUCCCAGUACAUCUUGCCUUUGCGAUGACCAUCAACAAAUCGCAAGGGCAAACGUUUCAAGCGUGCGGCGUCAAUUUGGAAGAACCGUGCUUCUCCCACGGCCAAUUGUUCGUCGCCUGUUCGAGAGUGGGAACACCAAGGUGCUUGUCGGGGUGAUCGACGAUAUAUUUGCCGGUGUGCCAAAUAAAAUAAAAACUGAUGUGGUUGAUCAAAUGAUUCUGCUGCUGUUGUUGUUGUCGCUGCUAAUAUUGCUUAUGCUGCUGUGGUUGUUGUUGCUGCUAAAUUUUGCGCCUGUAUGUCCGUCCGCUAUGG